AUGAGUUUUUUGAAGAAAAUGCAGAAGAAAGGUCAAAGUAAAAACCAUCGAGAAUUGUACUUCAGAGCUUCGGUUCCUUCUGCGACUCUGGAAUGUGUCGAAGACAAAUGGUAAGUGGAGAAAAAGGAGAAAAAAAGAUCAUCGGAAAGGUUUACCGAUAAGCAUGCGUGUAAUAGAUUUAGGAGAAAGUUUUUCCUCUCUGCACUUUUGAGGUAGUGAAAGAAUACAUCAGUUAAGUUGCAAAACAGGCAAGAAAAUAUCGAACAGUUUGUUUUUAAGUCUGGGACGAAAACUAAAUGACGUACCAAUGGAUUUUUCAACUUAACCAGCGAUGCUUUUGUCCAAUUGAGGCGCGCUGAAUCUCAGUUUUAAGAAGCUGAUGAGGUGUUUUCGGAAAUCGAGGACAUAGAGAAGAAGCCCUUAGAAGUAUUGGUGAGAUUCGGAAAAUGAAAUUAACUGGAGUAAAGACAACGAGAAUAAAACAAAAAUGAACAAGAAAAAUGAACAAGAAAUUUUAUCACCUUUUAAGGAAUUAAGGCAAGUUCAUAAAAACUGAGUUAAUUUCUACUUUCUUACUCUUAGAGUCGUUAGGGUACUUCCUUAAAUUACAUGAGUUCAAUUUACCCUCGUAAUUAUCCUACAGUCUCACAGACAAGGAAGACAGCACGAAGGAAGAAAGCAGAAAAUUGUCGCGUCCAGGAUCCUUAAAAAGCUUCCGGAAGGAAAACCGCAAUGGCAAUGUUACUAGUAAUACUGCCUGUUCCAAGGAGGCCACCACAACGGCCUCUGCUGCUCCACGUGCUCCAUUGUCAGACGUGGUUGGUGACCAUGAGAAAAAGAGGCAAGGGAAAGCUGGUGCUGACACUAAGGGUGAUAGUCCUAAGAAGGCUUCGUGUCGAAGGAACAAAACAAGAUCAGGACCAACAAAGAUCAACAAGAAAGCUCCACCUCCGCCUACUUCUGAAAGGCCUUCCGUUUCUCAUACCAGUCCAUCCCAAUCUGUUCUGUCUCGUCCUAUUCCGGUGCGCCCAGCUCCCCCUCCACCGCGUCAACCACGUCUUCGUAAGGCGGCUCCACCUCGCCCCCCUCCACCGACUAUGAAGCAGCCUGGAAAAAAGGGUGCCAAAGGACCGAGAAUUAUUAAGAAGAAGGCAAACGAGAUUUGCAAAUACCCAAAGGAUCUGAACCCGUUUGCAAAUUUUAGCAGUGCCACCGAUAAUGACUACCCGUCACAGAACAGCGAGAAGGCCUCUAGACCUAGUCGCCAAAGGCACAGAAGAAGACCAAAGAAUUCUAAAAGUGAAGAAUAUCCAAUGGAUAAAAAUCCAUUUACUGAAACUAAUGAGAUGAGGGAAAAGGUCUCUAGUGCUCGUCGCCAAAGGCUUAGAAGAAAACGGAAAGAAUCUAAAAGUGAAGAAUACCCAAUGAAAGACAAUCCAUCCAGUGAUGCUGAAGAGAUGAGCGAGAAGCCCUCCCGCACUCAUCGUCAAAGGCGUAGAAGAAAACGAAAAGCAUCUAAAAGCGAAGAACACUCAAUUAAAUACAAUCCAUUGAGUGAUUCCGAUGAGGGGAGGAGCUCUUCGUGUUCGGAGUGGAACGAAACUUCUGACAUAUGGUCUGUUUCUUCAUUGGAAGAUAUUCAGUUUGUGGUGAACACUGCCACAGUAGAAGAGGUGGAAGCAAAGAGUACACAGCAAGGUCUGGCAACCAACAAUGAAAACGAAGAACAGGGUGGGCGAACAGAUUCUGGUGACUCAAAGGCCCAGUCAUUCCCAUCUGAUAAGGAGAUCUCUCCUGACGAUGUCCCUUCCUCAAACAAGGAUAAUAGCUCUGUGAGUGUCGGAUCAACAAACCUUGAUGCUUCGACUGCCAAAGAAUUUACAGAUGUUGGCAGUCGAAGGAUCCUCAAGCAGGCAGAACCCUCUGAGCAAGCUAAUGAUAUGGAAGAGUACCAGGGUGGAGACGGAUCUGGUAAGUUUUUAUGUAUCUGCUCAUGCACGACAAAUACUGAAACGAAGAGGGGAUCAGAAAUCUAGUUCCUUUUUGCUGUAAGAAUGCUGCACAAUAAACCCUAUAGAGGGAAAAGCAUUAUAAAGUAGUGCAUCUUCAUCUACCGAACCGUAAAAAAGAGACAUUAGAAACAUUUAAAUCUGCGCGUAAGUAAACUUCAAAAUGAUUCUUGAUUGUUGCCAGUACUUUGAUUCGUAAAGUGGUAAUGUAUCUGAAGAUGCAUCUGCUAAUUGCAUCAGAUGCAAUGCCACUCCAUGAAUAAAUUGAAGGGAUUCAACUGGUUCAGUAUCAACUUCAUUGGACUGUGUUUAUAUUCGCCUUCUCUUUUGAAUAUUUGAGCGCGUAUAUUUUAUAAAAUUAUUUUUAGCCUCCAAUUCAAGGAAUCAUUGCCCAGAGUUGGCCAUUUACCUGGAUGCAGAACUUCAGAUUGUCGAAAGCGAGUUGCUCUCUCUGCAGAAGGUGAUGGUUAAAUUGCAAUCAGAGAUGAAAGAGGCAAUGGACACUAAAGGUUAGUUUUCUCGUGUCUUUUUCUUUGCUUGGGGCAUUAUAGGGAACGAACGUAUUUGCUGACAUCGUGCAAGACAUCGAUACUAACAAUAAUUUAAUGAAAGCGGCAAACUUAAAUUUGCCCUGGCUACAAUUCGGCCCACAAUUCCACAGUUUACACCCGUAAUGUGGAUGAGGAACAUCAGGGUGGGGUUUCUACGGAUGAAAAUACAGAAAAAUCGACCAUUUUUUUGCAUAAAAGUCAUUUUCGAGGGCGACUCACUGAAAUCCCUGACCUCCUUUCAAAUGUUCCCCCUCGCCAAAUGGAAGACUGACUCUCCUCUCACCGCAUCUCUUUAAAUCUCUGAAACUAGUGUACUGGCCUUAGCUUUCUUCGAUCGCACUACGCUCCAAGAGAAGUUUUGCCUCGAUCUAAGAAGAGGUAAUCUUCCGGUCAUACCGAUCUCGGAAGAGGUAAUCAUCCGGUCAUACCUCUGCAGCAUAUGGCGGGUGAUGCAAGGGUAACUAAUUGGACACAAAUUCAAUACAGCCUUCUUUACCGCUUGUAGAUUGUGAGGCCGAGUUUGAAAGCUUAUCGCUUGACUGGUUGACGCUCAACAAGUUCCGUUCUGAACUUAACAAAAGGAAAAAAGACCUUAUUGUUCUGUAAGUACUUGUUUACGCUACAAAGCUGUUUUAAAAACAUGCGCACCAGUUUAGAACAAGUGAACAAGCCCAGCUAUGGGAUGGUAACUAAAGCUCAGCAACAAACACGAUUGAUUCGCCUGACUCUUACUGAGAUCGUGAGGCACACGAUCAAAUGUUCCUUUAUCAAAAUGAAUUUGUUAGCUCCGGUAUAUGUGAUCUCAAAUUCCAAGCAAUUUUUCCUUCAAUGUAUUUACAUUAUCACUGAGCGUUGACAGGAGCCCAUCGCGUUGAUAGGAGCCGUUGAUGAUUCACACUGUAUUUUCUACUUGAAAGUUUACUACGUUUAAUGUGCCUUAUUUUUCGUCCGUUUUGUAUUUAGUUCCAAACAAGAAAACCCGAACGAGUGUUUGAAGUUCUUACGUGAGGACCUGAAAUGCCUAGUUGAAGUCAAAAGUGAGACUCAGUUAUCUUUUUUUAAAGCUAUUCCGUGUUUGUAAUCGUUCUAUUUAGUAACGUAUCCCAAGCAAAUGUGUUUUCGCAAUCUUUGACCUGUCUUCCAUCAUGUGGUGAGUGAUGUUUUUCACGUUUUCUGCAGGUUGGAAGAAGACAAAAGAGCACAGAGCUCAGGUGAAGAAUGUCUUGGAUCUUAUCCUCAAGUUGGCCAACAUGGCCUGAAUGGAAAACUUUAUCAAAAGUAA